AUGUCAUCUGAAAAAGGAACAAUUGAACAAGCGGUUCACAAAUUAGCUGAAGCAAAUAACAACAGCAAUACGCGUCUGAAUGCACUCGAAACAAAACUAGAUGAAAUUCACCUCAAUGUAAUGGAACAAAACAAAAAUAUGAAUAUAAACGUACCAAACGAAAUAAUGAAUGUACAAGAAAAAAUGAUAAAUCAGAUCGAAACCAUUCAAAAAAGAACAAAAGAAUUGCAAGACACAACAACGUCUAAAUUAGAAGAAAAACAACAACAAUGGGAGCAAUUAACAGACAAUAUUCGAGAUAUGAGAGCAGAAAUGAAAAAAAUUUGUGAGGCACUGGAAAGAAAAGCAUCACGAAAAAAUGACCACAAUCAACUAAUGGAAGAGAACGUAUCCACGCCGCACACACAACUUAAUUCAUCAACGAUCAAUGAAUCGUUUGAUAAUGGUCAAUCCGAUCACCACAAUAGAACAGAACGAAGACACCAUGCUGAUAUCAUUACACAACAAACAGCCCCAAUGAGAUUCACCCCACAAACAACACAUACAAUUGUUAUUCCACCAUCAGCAGCGAUACCAACAUUUAACGGAAGCAUAUCGGAAAAUCCUCGUCAAUUCCUUAUUCGAGUUAAGGAAUAUGCAGAAACAAUAAAUCAGUGGAAUGAUCAAGCAUUACUCAAUGGUGUCUCUCAAUUUCUUCGAGAGACUGCCCUGGAAUGGUACUGUCAAUUACGUACCUCACAUAGACGACCACAAACGUGGACAGAAUUUAUAGGAAUUUUUCUUAAUCAAUUUAAUUCGCCGAUGCGACGGGCACGUCAAGAACAACAAUGGAAAAAUUGUAAGCAAGAAGAAAACGAAACAAUCAACGAAUUUAUAGUUCGACUUCGUGCCCUCUGGCAAGAACAAAAGCCAAAUGAAAAUGAAGAUGACCUCAUACGACACCUAAUGUGCAAGAUGAGAAAUAAUCUAUUAACGAUGAUUGGAGUAUCUCGAUGUGAAUCAUUAGAUGAAAUUAUUAUAGAAGCACAAAAAAUUGAAGAAAUUCUCUAUCAAAGAAACAAACAACUACAUAGAAAUUCUAACCAAGAUAGACCACAAAAUAACACAUCAACAACAUCGAUAUACAACAACGAUAAUCCAUAUGAAAUACAAGCAGUGUCGGCAUAUCAAAAGAACCGACAAAUGAAAACGUACGCGGCAGGAAAUUAUACAAAUAAAUAUUAUGGCAACGAUCAUCAAUCAUCUCAAUGGGGAAAUUACUCA